AACAAAUUUACSAUGGAAAAUAAAGAAUUUUACUUAAAACUCGAAUAUGCUGUACUGGAGCAGAAUAUUAACAAAGGUAGUCUUUCAUUUCAAGAGAUAAUAGAUGGCAAUGUCGACAAAGAAUAUGUACAGUUGUUGACUGAGCUUCAAGACCUAAUGUCUUGCCUAGCGAGUGGUGAAUACGUUAAAGCUCUUACAACGCCGGUAGCGUCAAAGUUUUUCGGCAUAACAACUGAAACCUCUUCAAAGGAAUCUGCUGAAGGCAUAGAUAAAUACCUAAUAAAAAGAACUGAGCUAUAUUUAGAAUCUACUAAUGAGCAAACUUUAUUGACUAGACAGCUUAUUGUACUACUGAUUGGUACUGCUUGUCUUCAGUUGUUUGUACAACAAAACUGGACUGGACCUCUCAUAAGUGACACUWGUAUUCAAUUCCUUCCAUCUUCCUUCGAGGCACAAAGACAGGAAGGAACUCUACAAAAAACAUCAAUGGAAAAGUUAAGCAGUGAUGGAGAGGGUAUUUACAACAGGGUCAAUGGAGCUGUUCACCUGUUAAUUGCUGAUGUCUUGCUUGUUCAGGGUUUGAACAAACUUCAUCUUCUUCAGUCAUCAUAUGUUUGGGCACUCAGAUGUCUUGCAAUCAAACAGAAAAUCAUGGAAGAGCAUCGCAAUAUGAUCAUGAACAAGAUAUUUGAACUAAUCAAGAAUGGGGCUUUGGGGAAAAAGACAAAGUUUCAACAAGAAUUUUUAUCGGUGCUAAAGUUAGACAUCAAUCGUGACGGUUCAUCAGAAAUUCAAUCAGUUGAUAAUGUAGACGUCAAUGGACUUCCAAAGAACGUAUUUCUAGAUAACGAAGUUCUUCUGGACAAAAUCAAGUUCCAAGAUCCUGAUGAUGAUAARCAACCCAGUCUAAACCCACUAGAGAAAGCAGUUAUCCUUUCAUUUUGUAUUUUAUCGCAGAAAAGCCAGGCCAUGCAGCCUUUGACAUCAGAAGAACUCGUUGCUUAUAUUGAGAGUAUAGUAAUCAAGCCAUCAUCGUGGCCUGUCCAGACCCUGGCCUUACACACGCGAAGCAAACUAGAGAAAGGAAGCACAAAGAAGAUUGAGAGAUCGAUGAUGCAGUUACAGGUUCUAGUAGAUGCUGUGAAACUUGAUGCACCAAAGUGCUCUCGCGUGCUGCAUGACCUUGCUCAGGUGUUGAUGUCGAUGAAGGCUGUCAAAAGUGCUUUGGACAUCUAUCAGUCUCUGCAGAUGUGGGAGAACAUGRUCACCUGUUACCAGUUACUCGGACGAUAUGAAAAGGCAGAAACACUUGUACGAGAUCAGUUAAAAGAAAAAGAAACGUCUACUUUGUGGUGCCUUCUCGGUGACAUAACAAAGUACGCCGAGUGCAUACCAUUAUUUCAGAAGUCUUUGGAAUUAAAUGCUCUUCAGGAAGGAAUAUGGUUUUCACUGGGUUGUGCUGCCAUGUCUGUCGGCAAGUCUGAACUGGCAAGGACGGCUUUCCACCGUUGUGUAUCUAUCGACUCAGAUAACGCCGAAGCAUGGAACAAUCUUGCAAAUGUCUAUCUCCAGYUGAAAAACAAGGAAAAAGCGCAUGCUGUACUCAAAGAAGCACUGCGAGCCAGUUAUGAGAAUUGGCGUAUGUGGGCGAACUACUUGGUGAUCAGCACGCAGAUAUGCGCGUAUAAUGAUUCUAUUUUCGCCUUUCAUCGACUAAUGGACUUGAAAGAGAAGUACAAAGAUGUAGAGAUCCUAGGUAUUCUUGUACGAGCUGUUUGUGAAGGCAUCAAAGAUAAUAAGGGACAAUCAGCCACAAGACUGAGACCAAAUCUGAUCAAAUUGUUUGGGCGAAUCACUAGUACCAUUACGAAUGACUCUGAAGUAUGGUACCUUUACUCCAAACUGUACUUGAUGACAGACUCGCCAGAAGAUAAUGAAAAGGGACUAAAUUUCCUCAUUAAAGCACAUCGCAUCAGUUCUCAGGCACCGAGUUGGGAGAGCGACGUAACGAAGUUCCAAGAUGCUAUCAACAUGACUCUGAACUUAGCUGAAGUUUAUACAGACGUGAGCAAGAAAAAAUCUGACCCUGCACAAGCCAUCCAACUGCUGUCAUCUGCUAAGCUUAUACUGAAACAGCUUAUUGCUAAGGCAACGAAACACCACACCGAUUCCGUGACAGGCGAGAUAAAACCCGAACUAUUAGAAGGAGUUCAGGAACUGAACAUUAAGCUUACUUCCAUCGUAGAAACAAUAACAGUCUUAAAAUCUUGAUCAUCUAAGACGUCGCUACUUCUGGCGCUAAUGACGUAACUCAGCUCAAAGACCUUCCAUUAGCAGCACAAAAGAUGCCUUAGAUAUAAUCCCGUCAUCAUUUAUUUCUUAUCCAGUGUAAUCAAUGUGAAUUAAUUUUUUAAGCCAAGUUAAACAAGUCCUUACUGAUACAACAGUUUUUUUCGUUGGGUUAAUCAGAUCGUGGGUGCUUCUCCAUCCAUCGUCUUUCUCUCAAUGCGCUACUAGUAAUGGUAGCUUUACACACAAUUGUUCCUGUCACCCUCAGUCAAGCACAUUUGUCGUACUUAUGCUAUACAAGUGCAAAAAUAAAGACUGCUUUGACUUUUG